AUGCCUGAGGAAACGCAGACACAGGACCAACCUAUGGAGGAAGAGGAAGUGGAGACUUUUGCCUUUCAGGCAGAAAUUGCUCAAUUGAUGUCUUUAAUCAUUAAUACAUUCUAUUCCAAUAAAGAGAUCUUUUUGAGAGAGCUAAUUUCAAAUUCAUCUGAUGCCUUGGACAAAAUCAGAUAUGAGAGCUUGACAGAUCCAAGUAAACUAGAUUCUGGGAAAGAGCUAAACAUUAGUAUCAUUCCAAACAAAGAUGAUCGCACCCUUACCAUUGUAGAUACUGGUAUUGGAAUGACCAAAGCUGAUUUGAUCAACAAUCUUGGUACCAUAGCAAAGUCUGGAACCAAAGCUUUUAUGGAAGCAUUACAGGCUGGUGCAGAUAUCUCCAUGAUUGGUCAAUUUGGUGUUGGUUUUUAUUCUGCCUAUCUGGUUGCUGAGAAAGUGACCGUCAUCACCAAGCAUAAUGAUGAUGAACAGUAUGCCUGGGAGUCUUCAGCAGGAGGGUCAUUCACUGUUAGGACUGAUAUAGGUGAACCUAUGGGUCGUGGAACAAAGGUAAUUCUGCAUCUGAAAGAGGACCAAACUGAGUACUUGGAGGAAAGAAGAAUAAAGGAAAUUGUGAAGAAGCACUCUCAAUUUAUUGGCUAUCCGAUUACUCUUUUUGUGGAAAAAGAACGGGAUAAAGAAGUCAGUGAUGAUGAAGCAGAGGAAAAAGAAGAGAAACAGGAGAAGGNCUUGGAGAUAAACCCUGACCAUUCCAUUAUUGAAACUCUAAGGCAAAAGGCAGAGGCUGACAAGAAUGAUAAAUCUGUGAAAGAUCUGGUCAUCUUGUUGUAUGAGACUGCACUGCUGUCUUCUGGUUUCAGUUUGGAGGAUCCUCAGACACAUGCCAAUCGGAUCUACAGGAUGAUCAAACUUGGUCUUGGAAUUGAUGAAGAUGAUUCAACUACUGAAGAAACCAAUGCAGCUAUAACUGAGGAAAUGCCACCUCUUGAAGGAGAUGAUGACACAUCACGUAUGGAAGAAGUAGACUAAAGCAUUCCAAUUCAUGGAGCAAAAGCAUGUUUCCUAGACUAGUCUGAAUAAGUUAUUUUGUAUAAGGUGUUGAGAGAAUACUUGAUGUCUUCAUUCCCUCUGAUGUAUAUUUUCAGAUAUGUUCUCUUUAUUUUUGUUAAAUCACUUUUUAAAAAAUGUAUGGCAUGAACAUGCUGUUUAAGGGGAAGUUUAGGUUUCUUUUCCCUUCUAAGUAUAAUCAAUAUUGUGAUACCUUAGACAAUUCAAGCAAGAACUAGUAAUCAUUGUAGUUUACUUUGGUUUUAUUUUAGGGAGGGAGAAAUAUCUUUAAUAUGUCCAGACAUUGUAAUCCUAAUGUUAGUUUACUAACAUUCUUGUGGUCUGAUAACAGUAUGUAGUUAUCAGCUGAAUAAUGGAAUUGAAUUACUCCUUGGUCUCUAAAAUACACUGUUGAGGUAUCUUAAAAUGUUUAUAAAACUGUCUUUCUUUUAUAUACUUAAAAGAAUUGAGUUGCAUUCUAUUCCACCAGUUUAUGCAUGUGUAAACCCUGGAAGUCUAGGAAAAUAAAAGUGUUAACACCAAGAAA